AUGGAGACACUCACGGUGCUGCAAGAAAGUAUACAGAGAUUACCCCUGCUGGUCAAACCCCUGCUGGCCAAACCCCUGCAGGCCAAACCCCUGCUGGCCAAACCCCUGCUGGCCAAACCCCUGCUGGCCAAACCCCUGCUGGCCAAACCCCAGCUGGCCAAACCCCUGCAGGCCAAACCCCUGCUGGCCAAACCCCUGCUGGCCAAACCCCUGCUGGUCAAACCCCUGCUGGCCAAACCCCUGCUGGCCAAACCCCUGCUGGCCAAACCCCUGCUGGCCAAACCCCUGCUGGUCAAACCCCUGCUGGCCAAACCCCUGCUGGCCAAACCCCUGCUGGCCAAACCCCUGCUGGUCAAACCCCUGCUGGUCAAAACCCCUGCUGGUCAAACCCCUGCUGGUCAAACCCCUGCUGGUCAAACCCCUGCUGGUCAAACCCCUGCUGGUCAAACCCCUGCUGGCCAAACCCCUGCUGGCCAAACCCCUGCUGGUCAAAACCCCUGCUGGUCAAACCCCUGCUGGUCAAACCCCUGCUGGUCAAACCCCUGCUGGUCAAACCCCUGCUGGUCAAACCCCUGCUGGUCAAACCCCUGCUGGUCAAAACCCCUGCUGGUCAAACCCCUGCUGGUCAAACCCCUGCUGGUCAAACCCCUGCUGGUCAAACCCCUGCUGGUCAAACCCCUGCUGGUCAAACCCCUGCUGGUCAAACCCCUGCUAGUCAAACCCCUGCUGGUCAAACCCCUGCUGGUCAAACCCCUGCUGGUCAAACCCCUGCUAGUCAAACCCCUGCUAGUCAAACCCCUGCUAGUCAAACCCCUGCUGGUCAAACCCCUGCUGGUCAAACCCCUGCUGGUCAAACCCCUGCUGGUCAAACCCCUGCUGGUCAAACCCCUGCUGAUCGUGGGUUAG